AUGAAUUGGUAUUUUACGGAACACGAACUUUCUUUCCUUCCAUCAUUACUUUGUGAGAAUAAUCCUCUCAAUAAAGAACAAGAAGCGGAAUAUAGAAGAUCAACAGCAUCAUUUAUACAACAAGCAGGAAUACAUUUGAAAGUUCCUCAACUGACUAUUGCAACCAGUCUUGUAUUCUUUCAUAGAUUUUAUGCAAAAUAUGAAUUUCAAAAACAUGAUCGAUUUACCGUUGCUGCUGCAUGUCUAUUUUUAGCAGGCAAAGUCGAAGAAACACCAAAAAAGAUCAAAAAUAUUAUUGAGUCGACAGAACAUGUCCGCAAAAUUAAAUAUUCUCCAAAUGAAAUUGAUAAUUUAACCAAAGAUAUCAUUGAAAAAGAGAAAUUUCUCCUUAGGUUAUUGAAUUUUGAUUUUAAAAUUGAACAUCCCUACAAAUCAGUCAUGCAUUAUAUUUAUAAUUUAAAAAAAGAUGAAAAAUACAAAGACAAGGCUAAAGAAUUGGCUCAAUAUGCUUGGAAUUUUGUCAAUGAUAGUUUUCAAACACAUUUAUGUUUACAAUAUCCUCCUAGAAAAAUUGCUGCAGCAUGUAUUUAUCUCUCAACUACUCAAUAUAUUAACAUGCAAUUACCCAAUGGAUGGGAAAAAGAUGAAGUAUUUCGAACAACCAAUGAAGAGAAUGAAAAGAUUUCACGAAUGAUUUCCUCUCUCUAUGGUAAUACGAAUCUUCAACAACAACCAAAGAGCAAAUUGCCAUUUGCCAUGAUUCAUGAGGAUGGUGGAAGUGCGAAUGCGAGUAAUGCUAGUGUGACUCCUCCUCCGACAACAACAACGAGUGGAAGUGCUGCUGCUGCUACUUCUGGUAAUAGUAGUGAGAUAGCUACCACUGCAUCAUCCAGUGGUGGUGGUGGUACUACUACUACGAGCAGCAAUGACAAUACCAUGUUCAAUAAUAAUAGCUCAGAGAAUGCCAAUGCUAAUAAUGCAAGUGGUGAUCAUAAAUGA